UUUACCAGGUUAAACAUCUUGAAACGCUAGGCGUAGCGAAGAUGACAGCGGCGGCCACAGUUACCAUAUAUUCCUCCGCCGAUCUCUGCGGACGCUUGUUUACAUCAUUUUUAGGAGACAGACUAUUUAAAAAGAGAGUGAUGUACCUCAAUAUCGCCUGCUGUCUGCUUCUCGGUCUGGAGAAUUUCGCUGCAGGGUUUGCUACGUUAUAUUACCAGCUGGUGAUCUUCUGUGUUGUGGCUGGUUUUACGGCAGGCGCCAUGACGGCCGUCCUGUUCACCUCCUCCAGUGAGGUAUUGGACGGAUGGUUCACCCAGGAGUUGUUUGCUGUCAGCAGGGUUGGUUCUGGCCUCGGGAUUAUAGUCGGCAUCGGGAUGACGGGCGUCAUCUACGACCUCUCAGGCUCCUACCACUAUGUCUUCCAUAUCAACCUCGGAGUGUUUGCCUUCGCCGCCCUUUGCUUCGGAGCAGUGGUGCUAAUACGGAACUGCAUUUUACGGAAACAGCCGAACGAAGAUUCGGAAGAACUGCCACUGACGAGACCUGUGCAAUGA